AUGUCCGACGAUGAGAUGAAUAUUGACGAGGUGGGAGGUGGUUCCGUCCGUAGACGCGGCAGAGGGUUUCAAAACACGGGUGGAAAUGAGACGAUGACCACCACUGAACCGACCUAUGAUCGCAUAGAGGCUGCAAAAGACUCCGAUACUCGUGCUGCUCGCUCUGUAGAAGGCUGGAUUGUCCUCGUCACCAAUGUUCACGAGGAGGCUACUGAAGAGGAUGUUACCGACAAAUUUGCAGAGUUUGGGGAGAUCAAGAACCUACACUUGAACUUGGACCGAAGGACAGGCUAUGUCAAGGGAUACGCCUUAGUGGAGUAUGAGACGAUGAAUGACGCCCAGAAAGCUAUCGAUGGAGCUUCGGGCUCGCUGUUGUUGGAGCAAACGAUCCAAUGCGACUAUGCUUUUAACGACCACCACCUCACGCAACCAAAAAGCAAAUCGCCAGCCAAGAGCAAAAAGGACGAGGAGGAAGUCCCCGAAAGCGAGCCUGAGGGUGAUGAGCAAGAACAGGAUGAAGAAGAGUACGAGAUAGAGGCUAUCCUCAACCACGAAAAAGGCCGUCUAGAGAAAGGCAAAAUGGCUUUCUUCGUCAGCUGGAAAGGAUAUGGGCGAGAUGAAGACAGCUGGGUCAAUGAGGAGGAUGCUAAUGCCGAGGAGCUAAUUGAGACAUAUUGGAAGGACCAGAAGAACAAGAAAACGUCACUUUCGGCGAAACGCGCAGCUCGUAAAGUAUCUGCGGCGUCAGACAAUUCGGAUGUCGAAAGCGUCUCCGUCAAGAAACGUGGUCGCAAGUCAAACGCAGCCAAGGAGGAAGAGCAAGACCAUCCCUCAAAGAAACCACGUCGCUCAACAAAAAAGAACGAAGAGCCAGAACAACUACCCUCAGAGGAGGAGCUCGGCAAUAUGGAUGAGUAUCGCGAUACGCCUUCGUGGGACCACCUCAUCCAGCGUGUCGACACUGUCGAACGCGCCGACGACAAUAUUUUAUAUGUUUACUUCACUCUCCGGACUGGCCAGCGCAUCCGUGUUGAGUCCAAAAUUUGUCACGAGAAGAUUCCCAAACUUCUUGUUCAAUUCUACGAAUCCAACUUGCGCUGGAGAGAGUCUGACCAAACCGUAUCCUGA